GGGAGCUUCUCCGUGACCGGGACAGCGGGGAGCGGAAGGUGAUGGUGAAGAGGCCGCUCUGUGCUUCCUGGUCGCGCUGUUCUGGCUGGAGGCAAGAUGGCGGCGCGGUGCUUGUGGAGGAGGCUGUGUCAGGGAUCAUCUUUUCCUGCCAGCUAUGCAAGCAGAGUUAUGCAAAAGCAAUGUUUCCUUCGAAACUUUGACUUGAUGGGAGGACGAUUCUCUGGAUCCCAUGUUCAUACAGAGGAGCCUAAGACUAAUCCUCUGGUGUCUAUUUCAGAUGAACCAGAAAUACUCUACCGGAGGCUGUCCCUUUUAGUUAAAGGCCACGAUAAAGCUGUGUUGGACAGCUAUGAGUAUUUUGCAGUGCUGGCAGCUAAAGAACUUGGCAUAACUGUUGAAAAAGUACACAGACCUCCAAAGACGAUAGAACGACUUACACUGUUAAAAUCUGUACACAUUUACAAGAAGCACAGAGUUCAGUAUGAAAUGAGAACACAUUACACCUGUUUGGAGUUAAAACACCUCACGGGCAGUACCGCUGCAGUGUACUUAGAGUAUGUUGAACGAAACUUACCUGAAGGGGUUGCCAUGGAAGUAAAAAAGACUAAGAUAGAGAAAAUACCUGAACACAUCCAGGAGCCAGUUUGGGAUACACUACCUCAAGCAGAAGAAACAGAAGUGAAAUCAUGAAUUCACCAGGUAUUUGGGUGUUGGUACUGGAACUAGUUGCUCCUAUCAACCUCAAUUACUAAGACAGUCUGAUAAACUGAUAAAUAAAUGUCCUGUUUUAUAAAAUAA